AUGGGUUUGCACUGGAACUCCGAUAAUUAUUCGAGGAAUUUAGAGUUGUUGGCGUGCUCUACUAUGGAGAAAAUCUCUAGGCAGCCGAAAUCCCCAACACAGAUUUCGUGGGAUCUCCGCCGGGGCGUGAUUGCAGGUUCGACUAUGACAGCGAGAAUCAAGGCCAUUCUAGUUCUAAGGCGACAUCGACUGCUGCUAAACCCAGCUUCCUGCAUGGCAGCAAGACAUUGUCACGAUGCAUAUUGGAACCAAUGGCUCGUGGCAAAAGGUCAGCCUGAAGAUUGCCACAAAAGCAUUCUCGGCUUUGGUGAAAGAGAUGAGGAAAAUCAGUCCAAACAUGAUUAUACUGUUCAGGCGUCGUUAUACUUCUUACAGCAAAAGACACCAGAGACAGUGGCCAUCCAAAUAAGGCGGGAAACAAAAAGCUUGCGGAUUGUUGGUUCGAACCACUGGCAGCGGAUCAAACAAGUCAGCCGCAACGACGAAACGGCACCAAUGUGUAAACCUUAA